UCUAGCCAAGCGGUUGACGCAGCAGCAGCAGCAGCAGCAGCAGCGACUGCACUCGAGAAAAACUCUGAGAAACAAGAAAAACGCCGAAAACCAAAAAAAAAAAAAAAUAAAUAAGAAAUCAAAUAAACAAAUAUAUUCAUAAACUAUUCAAAUUUAAGUGUAGGCAGCUGCGACUCAUUCCCCCCGCCAAAAAAAAAAAAAAAAACGAAUAAAUUCGAAAUCGAAAACGAAACCGAAAACGAAAACGAGUUACAUCGCGUUGCGCAUACGCCGUGUGUGAAGCAUCGGGCAAGAGUUCAGAGAAAUUUUUAACAAAAAAAUAAAAGUAAAAUAAAACGCCCAUUGAAAAUAACUGAACAUUUUCAUAGGCGCACGUGUGGCACGUGUUUGCCUUUUUUUUUAUAAUAUUCUAAUUUUUUCCAUUUUUUUGUCUCAACUCACAAAUCAAAACAACAACAAACAAGUUUUUGCUCAAGUUUCGAUAUUGUUGUAAGUGCUUGGCUUAUUUUUUUUCUGAAUUCGUUUUUGUAUCAUGUUGAAAAACGCGCGCCUUUUGCUUGGCGUUUUCAUAUUGUCUGCCAGCCUCAUAACGGAUACACAAGCCACAGCAAAUAAUGAAACGAGCUUCCUGGAAUCAUCGCUCAGAUAUUUGGAUGAGCAGCUGCUGUACGAUAUUCUGCCGCGUGCCACAUGCCCCGGCCAGGAACAGGAUGCGCCACUAGAUGAAUUUCCCGAUAUAUUUACAGUGGAGCAACUGCGUCAGGGCUGGGUCGUGCUGCACGUAUUCGCCGCAAUCUAUUUCUUCAUAUUGCUGGCCAUCAUAUGCAAUGAUUACUUUCUGCCCACCGUCGAGUGCAUCUGCGAGGAUCUGCAUCUGUCCAAGGAUGUGGCGGCAGCCACGUUUAUGGCGACGGCCACCUCGAUGCCCGAGUUCUUUACGAACACGAUAAGUACACUAAUUCUGGAAUCGGACAUGGGACUGGGCACCAUAAUUGGCUCGCUGAUGUUCAACACACUUGGCGUUGCCGGACUCGCGGCCCUGGCCAUCAACAAGCCAGUGCAGCUGGACUGGUGGCCCAUAGCCAGGGAUUGCUUCAUCUACAUCUUCAAUACGAUCGUUUUGCUGGUGCUCGCCUGGGGCGGCAGCAUCAGCUUUGUGGAAUCGUGCGUCAUGAUGGGCUUCCUGGUGCUCUACUAUCUGAUCACAUUCAACAACAACAAGUUUAUGCCUGCCAUACGCGUCUUUAUCGAGGAUCGCAUGAACUGCUGCUUCUCCACGCGCUACGAUCUGACGGAACCACCUGAGAACAGUGCCAAAGCGCAGCUGCCGCUGAAAAAGGAUCCUCUGUCCGGUGACGGGCUGUUUGUGGUCAAUUUUCCGGAGAAUACCUCAUCCAUGUCGUCUACGGCCAAUUUGACGCACUCCAAGAAUUGGAACGGCGAGGACGACGAUGACGAUCAGCUGCCGCGAAGCAUUUUCGCCUUUCCACACGGCGCCACAACUUUCAUGAAAUGCUGGUGGGUCUUUACGUUCCCGAUUAAGCUAGUAUUGCGCAUGGUGAUUCCACAUCCCAUGCGGCAUCGCAGAUUGUAUCCGUUGUCCUUCAUCAUGUGCAUCAUUUGCAUUGGCCUCAAUGCCUAUCUAAUUGUCUGGAUGUUGACGGCUUUCGGUGUGGCCAUACGUGUGCCCACCAUUGUGAUGGGUCUCACCUUUUUGGCCGCCGGCUCCACAAUGCCCGAGGCGGUUUCCAGCCUUAUAUCGCUGCGAAAUGGCGAGAAUGGCAUUGGCGUCUCGAAUUCGUUGGGCGCCAAUUCAUUGGCCAUCUUGUUGUCCCUGGGCGUGCCGUGGUUCGUGAAGAACUGCAUCAACUAUGGCACCGGCGAAAAACAGCAGGUUGGCACCCAGGGCAUCGAGUACAAUAUAUUGAUCCUGAUCUUCUGCACCAUCGCCCUAUUCGUCGUGCUCAGCUGCAGCGGAUAUCGUCUAACCAAGCGCGUGGGCAUAGCCCUGUUCAGCGUCUAUACGGUAUUUAUUGUGCUGCAGAUCCUGAUCGAGAUGAACGUGUUCUUCCCCAUGGACUGCAGCAGCUAAUAACAACAACACCAGUUCCAAUUCCAGUUAGGGUUCCAGUUCGAGUUCCAAUAUCCAGUUCGAUAAUCGGUAUUCGUGUUCAAGUUGUAUGCCAUCGAGCUUCUGGCUGGCACCAGAGCAAAACGCAGCCAGACGUGGAUUCGGUUAAGUUUUCCGUUCUAAUUGUUAAAUAUUUAUGUAUAUACGAGAUUUUGGAGUUGCAUUAGUUUUAAUAUGUAUAUACAUAUCGAUAAUGGGGCUUAUGACAUUGAUUGCCAAAAAUGUUGGGUAUUGCUCUCAGUACGAGUUGAUAUGGUUCAUUGAACUAAUUCAGGCUAUCAAGUUCGGCUUAAGUGCCAAGCUAACGUAUUAUUUUAGGGUUGCCACCUAAGAGAUAACGAACAACAACGACGGAGAUUUACACAAAAACUAACACUAGUUCAAGCUAACCUAAAAUAUCAAGCUCAAUUAAUGUCAUACGUUCAUAUUACACAAUUAUUAUUAUAAUCAUUUUUUUUUUUUUGUUUUCCUAGCUUAGGUACUCCUUAAGACUGUCUACUGUUUAGGUAUAAAUAAUCGAUUGUAACAAACUAUCCUGUUGUACACUAUUUAUAAAACCCUACCCUAAAGGCUCUGCUAACGUCACAAAUUUAAAACUGGUACCAAAGCGCGACAUUCUACUGUAGCUAAACAAAAACUUCAAGCGAAUUACCACUUAGAAACCAAAUGCUAUAUAUAUAUUUAUAUAUAUAUUGUAUAUAUUUACUGACUAUAACUAACUACAAGUACGAUUACGUAAGUGCCCUGCGAUAUUUAUGGCCAACGGCCAGACUUUCCUUAAUUAUGUGCACAGGGUAUUGAUAGUGUGCCCGUGUAUUAUCACUGUUGAUAUUCCAUAAUGUGUGGACUCUAUUGUUACCGUUACUGUACAUCGACACAUCUACACAAAUACCGUUUGUUAUUAAUUUAUAAAUACAUUUAACGACAAAUAUUAACAAUUGUGAUUUUUAACGAUUUUGCUCAGAUAGCAAAUAGCAAAUAGCAAAUAGCAAAGAGAGAAACAAAUAAUAAUAAAAUAAAUUUUAAAAACAAAAA